UCAAUGCCCGGUCCACAACUCUAUCUGACUGGAUUGAGUCAUCUACUUAUUUAUAGCAAGUUGAUUCUCAUUCAUUCCUCGUCGAUUCAAUAUAGUUUGCAUAUUGAAUAUUAUUUCAAUAAUCCAUUGUUGUAUACAAGUUUGUUAUUUUUUUACAUUAGGUGUAUUGUGAAUGCACUUUAGCUGGUAUCGGUUUCAUAGAAUAAUAUACCAACCGUAACGCAACAAGCCCGGUCCCCUUUAUACCAAGAAGGUAUAAAGGGGGUAAAAAAUUUCUGCAUGGUGCAUAGCAAUUCCACUAAAUAUUUAGUCUAGUAGGGUUAAAACAAGUCAGCAAUCGAUCGAUGUUCUCAGUGGUUCUGUUAUGCUACAUAUUUUGUGUUCAAAUUAUUACGCAAAUUACGUGAUCACGGAGAAGAAGUUAAAAUUAGUCUACAUUUAAUCCCCGUCAUGGACAAGAGAGCCCCGUUGAAAGUUGUGGUCGUGGGCGAUGGCAUGGUUGGGAAAUCGUGCAUGUGUAAAUCUUUUGCUAAUAAGGAACCCUAUCGAAACAAGGCUUAUCAACCGACCAUAAGUGAGACUCAUGUAAUAUCUGUGAUUGUUGAGUGGAAAUUGUUCCUAAUUAUUGUGUGGGAUACGGCAGGAAUCGAGGAAUGGGAAAAGUUGAGAAGCCAAGAUUAUGAGAAUACCGACUGUUUCCUGUGCUGUUACUCGAUUGAGAAUCGAACAUCGUUUACAAACGUGGAAAGCAAGUGGAUUCCUGAACUGAGACGGUAUUGUCCCACUACGCCAGUGAUUGUUCUCGGAAUGAAAAAGGAUCUGCGAAGUCCGAGCAACUCUCUGAUCUCGGAGGAUGAAGGAAGGACGUGCUUUGGUCGGAAGGGUGAGGGCGCAGGGCUUCAUUGAAUGCACGUCACGAUCUCUGUCGUCGCUGGAGGCUGUCUUCAUCAUGACCGUGUCGACCGUGCUGGACAUAAAAUCUCGCAAGAGCUCUAACCGGAAGAGCUUUUCUUGUAAGAUUUUAUGAUGUCGGCCCUAUUUUUAUUACAAUUAUUUUAAUAAUUAUCCUUGUGAAAUUGUACAGUUUGUAAAAAUAAAUGUAGUAAAUAAUCA